AUGUCCGAAUCGGAAUCCAUAGGCUCCACCAGCUACGCCUCCUCCUACGCCUCUGCAUCCGGCAUGGAGUCGGAUUCCAACUAUAGCACUAGCAGUGUAGAUCCCCAUUCUGCAAGCGGCAGCAGCAAAGGCAAGGCGAAGCAGGACAAGGAAGAUAGAAGGCGUCGUAAAUUGGAAAAGAGGCAGAGGGAAAGGGAAAGGGGAUCGAAUGGUGUUGCAGGCGCUCAUCUGAGAGGAUUGACGGUGGAUCAUGAGAGGAGUGGGGGUGGAAGUGGGAGUGGGAGAGGAGGUGGAGGAGGAGGAGGAGAAGAAGGAGAAGAGUUGGAUGUGCACGUGCACACGGACAUGUCGAAAGAGGAAGCGACUUCGGCUUUUAGAGUCGUCUAUGCCAGUUUCAAUCUGGCCAUUCCUCCUUCUCUGCUGCACGAUCCCAUGACGGCCCUGUUGGAAAUCUGGGAUUCCCUACUCAUCCGGUGAGUGUGCUGUGCUCCUGCCCCUCAUGGCAUUGUUCGGCUGCUCCUUCUCCCCUCACUUGCUCUCGCAAGCACAUGCUGAACGCAUACACCCAACGCGCGCGCGAGCAGAUACAUUCCCCAAUUGUCUGGAGUCCUCAUUGCGCAUGAUGAGCACAUGUUUCUUAGAAGCAGCGCUGCCAUCGAUGGCGAUGGCGCUUUCGCCACCAUACCCGCAGCCAUCAAGGCAUUGGUCUGGGCUCCUCAAGUAGGUCAGAGGCUAGGUGAGUAUUUGUAUCCUUGCCCUCAUCCCUCCCUCUUCUCCUUCCUACCAAGGUACGCGUUCCCCGAACCGCAAUCUCAUCUCGCUCACACGCCUCUCUCUCUCUCUCUCUCUAUCCUCUUCUUUCUCUUCGUCUACCCCUUGGGCAAAUAAUCUCGAAUCGCGCGCGAACAAUACAAAGAGGGCAAAUUGACUCUGUCCACCUCUUCGCACGUCUCGCUACUGGUACACGGAACAUUCAACGCAUCCAUCUCCUCCAUGCACCUGCCCACUUCCGAAUCGCUAGCCCUUGCAGAAUCCAACAGCACCUCUUUCGAACGACCCAAUCGGGGGGCGCAAGUGUGGAGUUUCGUCGAAGGCUAUGAUUUGGAUGGCGUGGGUGAGCAUGCGCGGGCGGGUGCAGAGUCAGAGCAUCAUCAACAGCAGCAGCAGCAGGAGGAAGAAGAAGAAGAAGGGGAUGGGAGGAAAAGUACGGGGUGUUGGGCCAAGGAAGAUGGAGGUAGAUUGGGAGGGGAAAAUGGUAGGAUAGUAUUUACCGUCAUCGGGUGAGUCGAGCGUGGGAGAGAGGAGCGCACGCUUGUGGUAGGAAUAUCGAUGACGAAGCGCAAAAGGGGGAGGGGAAUGUGUGUAUUUGGGGAUUCGAUGAGUUGUUCUUCCUCUUGCGCUCAUCGUCGCUCGUGCCCCCGCUUUUUCUCCUUUUUUUUUCGGUUCCCCAACACGCAUUGGCGCAUUGCCGUUGCAGUCUCACGAUCACAUCCCACACAUUAUCUCUACACGGCUCUCUGCUUCCCUCUCCCUUUUCCCUCCCUCUUCCUCACCAUUCCCUUCCGACGCACAAAUCUUUUCUUCCUUUCGCCUCGCGGUACGGAGCAGCGUCGGGACGAUCGGGCAGAAGGGGGAAAAGGAGCACGAAUGGUGGGCAUGGGAUGGAGGAGGAGGAGGAGAAGGAAUUUCAAGGAGCUGCAGCUGGAGCUGGAGCUAGAAGGGUCAGAUGGACGGGAGUGGACUUUGAUGAGAUUGCCAAUGCUGAUGUGGGAAGAGGAAAGGAGGAGGGAGAGGGGAGCGAGAAGGAAGGGUCUGCUUUGGCUUAUGAAUCAGGAGAGGAGGAUGAGAAGAGGAGCAGCGCAACGAGGGGAGAGACGAAGGAGGAGAGAAGGGCUAGAAGAGAAGAGAGAAAGAGGAAAAAGCAACGUCUUUUGGAUGAGAGCAGAAGGAAAAAAGAAGCGAAAAGAGCAGCUUCUUCUUCUUCUUCUUCUGAGAAACGAAAAUUGAAGGAGAAGGAGGAGGAGGAGGGAGAGUCGGUUAGAGGAAGCGGUAAGGAGAAGAGGAGAAAGGUGGAUGGGUGA